CUGGUUAAAGAAAAAUAAGAAAACGAAGAAGUGAGAAAAUUUUGUUUGGCUGCGAAAUUUUCUAGUUCAAUACAAAAUAAUAAAAGAAUCCAAAUUGAGGAAAAACUCCAUAAAAAUACAAAAACAAAUCUUCCUUAAAAUUUUUCUCAACACAAUUUCCAAACACAAACAUUCACAAUGAAGAUGAAAUUAAUCGAUCCGGUGGUGCGGUCCUUCAAAGUGGCCAAGGUAUUUCGUGAAAACACCGACAAAAUAAACGCCAUCGAUUUCAGUCCAAAUGGAGAACAUUUAAUAUCGUGCAGCGAAGACGAUCAAAUCGUCAUCUAUGACUGUGAAAAAGGUACACAAUCGAGAACAGUGAACUCGAAAAAAUACGGAGUCGACUUGAUACACUUUACCCACGCCAAUAACACAGCCAUCCACAGUUCAACUAAAGUCGAUGACACAAUUCGGUAUUUGAGUCUUCAUGACAACAAAUACCUCCGCUACUUCCCAGGCCAUACGAAAAAAGUUAUUUCACUGUGCAUAUCUCCAGUAGAAGACACAUUUCUGUCUGGCUCCUUAGAUAAGACACUGCGUCUGUGGGAUCUGCGUUCGCCCAAUUGUCAGGGUUUAAUGCAUCUUUCCGGUCGACCUGUAGCUGCUUACGAUCCCGAGGGUCUUAUAUUUGCAGCUGGUGUCAAUUCCGAAUCAAUCAAGCUUUAUGAUUUGCGUUCGUUCGACAAAGGACCCUUUGUGACAUUUAAACUAAAUCAAGAAAAAGAGUGCGACUGGACAGGACUGAAGUUCUCGCGUGACGGCAAAACAAUUCUUAUAAGCACUAAUGGCUCUAUCAUCCGCCUCGUCGAUGCCUUCCAUGGAACACCUCUGCAGACCUUUACAGGCUAUCCCAAUAACAAAGGCAUCCCCAUCGAGGCCAGUUUCAGCCCAGAUUCACAGUUUAUAUUCUCCGGAAGCACUGACGGUCGGGUGCAUGUUUGGAAUGCAGACACAGGUUAUAAAAUGUGCGUACUCAACGGAGAUCAUCCGGGUCCGGUGCAAUGUGUACAAUUUAACCCGAAAUACAUGAUGUUGGCUUCGGCGUGUACCAAUAUGGCUUUUUGGCUUCCCACUUCGGAGGAAGGAUUGUAAACGGCAAAAAAAUAUGUAUUAUUACUUUUCUAAUAAAAUGACAAAAACAGAAAAAAGA